CGACACGGGAUUAAAAAGGCAGCUUUAUUGUGUGACCUGCUUUCCAGGCAGAUUAAAUAAGGGAAGGGGGUUAGUGCUGGGGAUGGGAUUUGCCCGUUACAGCUGUCCUGCCGGAUCUGACAGUCACUCUCUGGCCUGGUGAGUGAGCGAAGGAGACGGUCUCAGCCUCUGUCUCUCUCAUGUGAAGGGGAAGAGACAGGCUGGAAGAUGCCAGAAUAAGCAGCUUGUCAUGGGCCACUCGGUUCUGGAAAGGGAGCAGAACUUCUUCCAUGAGGGACACCAGGACAAGAUGGACACAUAACUGUCCCAUCAGCACUUUGCUGUAACCCCCAGUUUAUUGGUUUCUGGAGAACCUGCUCUCAGGGCAGUCAGCGAUGAAAGGUGGACUUCUGUUGGCUUCCAGCGUCAUCUUGGCUUUUCACGCGGCAUGGGGGUGCCCGGACGUUUGCUCGUGCCAGUCGUCUUCCCGGACGGUGGACUGCAGCUAUCGAGGGUUGGCCGAGGUCCCGGCGUUGGUGCCCCCUCAAACCCAGAUACUUUAUCUGCAGGGGAAUCAGAUUGGAAGCCUGAAUCGGGCCUCCUUUGCCAACAUCUCUGGACUUCAGUUCUUGGACUUGUCCAAUAAUUCCAUUUCGGCGCUGUCUCUGCAAGUUUUUGCGGCCCUUCACGACCUAAAAAAGUUGGAUUUGUCCUACAACAGCCUCAACGCUUUGCCGGAACUGCUGGGCAAUCAGACGAGGAACUUGACGUUUCUCGCGGUGAAACACAAUCAGAUACAAAGAGUCGACAGGUCCAUGUUGGAAUCGUUGGUAAACCUGAAGGUUCUUCUCGUCAGAUCCAAUCCGUGGCAAUGCAACUGCCAGUCAAUGGGCCUCAAACUCUGGCUGGAGAACUUUCUAUACAAAGGAGGAUUCAUCGACGAGGUGAUCUGUAACAGUCCAGAAAACAGAAAGGGAAAGGAUCUGCUUAAAAUACCCUUCGAGAUGUAUAGAAGUUGCCCCCCCGUGGCAGCCCCGUUUCUCCUGGCUAAUAUCCACCACCAUAAUUCAGACUACAAAAACAACGGAAAGCACGGACACCCCACGGACGCCGCCGACGGCGGAAGCCUCCCCGAAUGUGAGCCAAAAUCCAAACCCCGGCCGGUCAGCUUACGGCACGCCAUAGCUACGGUGGUAAUAACCGGCGUCAUUUGCGGGAUCGUCUGCCUAAUGAUGCUGGCGGCUGCUGUUUACGGCUGCGCCUACGCGGCCAUUAUGGCAAAAUACCAGCGACAACUCAAGGAGGUGGAGAGUUUGGCCCCGGUAGCUGAGAAUGGGAGCCCAGAAGAGAAGGAACCACUUGAUAGCUCUUUGGCUUGAUCCAUUUCUAACUCGGGGGGGGGGGAGUCAAGACAAAACUGAUUAACUUGUAACUUUCCACUUUGGGAAACGAGAUAUUUACAGAAAUGUAAGAGACUGAAUAUGGUUUUGAUUUGGAGCUUGUGAUAUUGUAAACACAGGGGGGCUCGGCAGAUCGGCGCGGCUUUAUCAUCGCUCAUUUACACAACUGUCAUGUUCUUACGCCCCAUUCCCGCUAAGUAGUUCCGUUUAAAAAAAGAUCUAUUUGGGACCGGAGCAGCUGGUUUAGAAUUUGUGGGAGUGCGAGGCUCCUGGGGGUCCCCCCGUCCCACCUGGCGCUCGUGCCGAUUCCACCGACGGACGAUUUGAGUCGCCCCCAAAAGUCACGCCAGGAUUCUCUCUCUUUUUGUUUUCUACAUUCAACUGGAAACAAAAAGAAAGGACUAAAGGAUAAAUGGAGCGAGACAAAGCGGAGAAACGGCACGGGGGGGGGGGGCAAAAGCAAAAUGCCACCGGCAUCGCUCCGACUCCCUGACCCAAAUCGUUUAGAAGAAACGACUGCGGAGUCGGCUGAAAUAUUCUGCAAUAUAACGUGGGGGUUUUGUGCUCAUAGAAAAGCAAAUGGCGUAUCCCUUGGCGCAAGAGCUUUGGAAAAGGCUACGGAACGAUGUUGCCCCCGGUGCCACCGGGAUUUCAGGGUGGCCGACUUUUAAUUGUACUUUUAGGGACCCAUUUACUACGGUUUUCUGAGAAAAGUUUGAAUUGUUUUUUUUUUUUAUGUUUUUUUCCCGAGAUUUACGUAUGUGUUUUUUUGGCCGUAUACGAUUGUUUCAUUUUUUUUUUCUCGAAAAAUAAGAGAAAUGAACAAAUA